AUGCCGAACAUUUAUUACCUCAACACACCGCCUCACCCGUUCUGGGACUUCGUCGCCGGGAUCGAAGAUCAUCCCUUCUUCGCCCAACAUCGCCGACCUGGUCCACCACCACAGCCGGCUCGGCCAGCUGGGCCGAAUCAAGCCCGCGCUCACGCUCACGCUCACGCUCACGCCCACGCCAGCACCGCCACAAGCGACAAGGCCAAGGGCAAGCACGCCGAAACCAACGUUGAAGAUCCACCAGAGGUCGACCCCUCGACCGUCCGCCCCGACCGCAAGGACAUGCCAUUCCGCGGGCGUGGUCGCUUCGCCCACGCCUUCGACGACAACCACGACAAAGAGAAGCACGACGGCGACAACGACGGCGAAGAUCGCCACCGCGGCAAACGAGGCUGCCACGGACGCAGACGAGGUUUCGAGCACGGUCCGUGGGGUCGCCGCGGAGGUCCGCCAUUUGGUCCCCCACCGUUCCUGUUCGGGCCCAACUUCCCGUUCGGCCCUCAUGGUCCCUUUGGCCGUCCCAGCGGUGCGGGACAAGAAGAACACGAAGGGCAAGGCGAAGGUCAAGGUCAAGGUCACGGCCAUGGACCUCAUCCCGGUUUCCGUGGUCGCGGGGGCCCACACCGGGGUCGCUUUGGGCAUCAUCCCCAUCACGGGCGUCCUGGAGGUCACGGACCCCAGUCCCAGUCGCCACCACGCGCGGGUCCUUUUGCCGGCGACCCAUCGGGUUUUGACCUCCCUUCGUUCCUGGCCAACCUAGGGGAACGUCUUGGUGUGGACCUCAAUUCCGCGGCGGAGGGCUUGGGACUCGAUCUCGGCCAGAAGCAUCCCCGCUCGGCCGACAGAGACUUCGAGCCCCGAACCGACAUCUUCGACAGCCCUGAAGAAUAUACCGUGCACGUGUCCCUCCCCGGGGCGAAGAAAUCCGACCUCGGCGUCGACUGGGAUGGCGAACACUCGGUCCUCCGCAUCGCCGGUGUGGUCCAUCGACCGGGUGUGGAUGAGGAGAUGAUGUCCCGGCUUGUUGUCGACGGCCGGAAGCGCGAGACCGGCGUCUUCGAGAAGACCAUCCGCUUGGGCACGACCAAGGCUCCGGCAGCUGUCGACGUCGAGGGCAUUUCUGCAAAGAUGGUCGACGGGGUACUUGUCGUGCAUGUCCCCAAGGUGGAGAAGCGGUUCACGAAGAAAGAGGUCCGCGUGGAUUCAUCUUCUCCUCCGGACAGACGCGACGAGACAUACGCCGACGCGUAUAUGAAUGACAAGGACAAGGAGAAGCAACAACAUGAUCUUCUGUUUGACGCUGACGAGGACAUGUACAACGGCACACCACAGCCACGCAAUCCCAGCGAGCCGGUCGAAGCUGAAGCCGAAGCAAAGGGUAAGGGCAAACAACGCGAGGCUGAGGAGGAAACAACCAGAGACAGAGAUGACCGUUCCGAGACCAUCGGGUUCGAGGAUCUGCGUGCCAACGCCCCCGCCGAAACUCUUCCACGCUACCAAGUCGACGAGCCUGUCGAGAGUAAGUUGGCAAAGAGCGCAGGAAGUCAAAGCCACGAGGACAAGGCAGAACAUGACGUCAAAGACGCGGAUGACAACAUGAGCGACUGGGAGAGAGAUGACUCUGACGUUGACCCGGAGGACGAGGACGAGGGAGAGUACGAAUACGUCAAGAUCAAUGUUGAUUGA